AUGGGAUUCAUAUUUUCAAAAUCUAUGAGUGAAAACAUGAAAAAUCAGCAGGAGUUCAUGCUUAUGAACACUCGACUUCAGGUAAAUUUGCAAAUAAUUAUUCUGUUGAACAUAGAAUCAAAUGCAUUGUUAAUUAGUAGUGAAGCUGAGAACAUACUGGAAACAGAAAAGAGUAAGUUGCAGCUGCCAAGAGGAAUGAUCACUUUUGAAAGCCUUGAAAAAACCAGAAGGGAACAGAGUAAAUUCUUCAUUGACAAAUGA